AUGCCACCCAACCCAACCACAACCACACCCCAAGUCUACACAACAGACCAUUCCAAAAAGGUCCUCAAAACACACAGCUGGCGCACAGCCCAAAACUCCGCGCCCCAUCUCCUCCCCUACAUAAAGCCCACCGACAAAAUCCUCGACGUAGGCUGCGGCCCCGGCUCAAUAAGCGUCUCGCUUGCAAAACUCGUGCCAGAGGGCUCGGUCAUCGGCAUAGAGUAUGUCGCCGACCCACUCCCAUCCGCGCAAGCGCUGGCCAGCGCAGAAGGCGUAACCAACAUAGAAUUUAGCCAAGGCGAUAUCCACGCGCUCCCCUUCGAAGACUCCGUCUUUGACAUCGUGCACGCGCACCAGGUGCUGCAGCAUGUUGCAGACCCGGUCCUUGCAUUGCGGGAAAUGAAACGGGUUGUCAAGAGCGGGGGGAUUGUUUCUUGUCGGGAGUCUGCGGAGUUGAGUUGGUUUCCAGAGAAUGAGGGGAUUGCUUUGUGGAGGGAUAUUACGGUGAGAAUGCAGCGUGCUGCGGGGGGGCAUCCGCAUCCGGGGCGGAUGAUUCAUGUGUGGGCUUUCGAGGCGGGGUUUGAGAGGGAUGCUGUUACGAGGAGUGCUGGGGCUUGGUGUUUUGGGAAUGAUGAGGAGCGGGAGUAUUGGGGUGGGAGUAUGGAGGGGAGGGCUAGGAGCUCUGGGUUUGCGAGUAGAGCUAUUGAGGAGGGGUUUGCGACACCUAGGGAUUUGGAUGCCAUUGCCAAGGGGUGGAGGAGCCUUGUCGAGGAUCAAGAUGGGUGGUUUGGGUUGUUGCAUGGGCAGAUUUUGUGCUGGAAGUGA